CAGAAGAGGCCCAGAAAGAGAGGCAGCAAAGAACGGCAGAACGUAAGACAUACCUAAAGAGGGUCUGCAGCCGUGCUAAGUCCUUCCAUCGACCUUCUGUUAGUCUUGAUCUCAACCCAGCUCGAUGUAAAGUGCCGUACAUCAAAGACAAAUAUCCUGAGGACGCAGAAGUACCUCGGGGAAUAGAGCAGCUGUGUUUUCCUGAUGCCAGCGACUGGCCGCCACAAGCUUGUUCGGAUGAGAGUGGAGCCAGUAGCUACUGUAUUGUGAUCACCCACUCAAGCGGUACCCGCAAGUAUGGCUACUGUCGCAGGGUACAGCCCGAGGGAGCACCCAUCUGCUUGCCUCUAGCCUAUUGCAUCGUAACCCCCUACAAGGCCAACCACUAUUUCGGGCAGGUGUUGGCUGAGCUGGAGUCAAGACAUGGACAGCCAGAGCUGGUGUUGUCCCAAAUUUAUCCAACAACUCUACGAGUGCCCCUUCCCUGCCCCAGGACAGAGCCUCACAAUCAUCAAUCCUUCCACAAAUGGAUGGAAAUUCUACAGAGGAGACAGGAUCCCAGGCAAGAGGAGACUGAUAUCGCCAAGUUACUAAACCUUGUCCGGUUUUCUGUUUUCCUGCAGCUGUUUGUCACUCUCCUGCUGGAGAGGAAAGUUAUCCUACUCAGCUACUCUAUCAGCAAGCUGUCAUCAUGUAUUGAGGGCCUGUGUGCUUCUCUUUAUCCCUUUCACUGGCAACACACAUUGGUGCCCAUAGUACCCUGUACUAUGUUGGACUUGUGUCAGGCACCAACACCAUAUGUUAUCGGUCUACUCAAGCCUCGGGACGCCAACUCUCAGUUCCCCAUCGACUACACGAACAUUGACCAGGUUCUGGUGGUGGAUGUGGACGAGAGUAGAGUGGUGCAGUGUUGUGGGGACGAGAGCACUGUACUGCCACCUAGGCUGUGUAGAGGGCUGCGGGAGGCUCUACACUGUGCUGUGCCAGACAAGAACGCUCCACUGUCUCCUGCACACAAUCUGGUAGCAUCAGAGGCUCUGAUAGCUUUGUUUGUACAACUGGUUGGUCAUUACCGGGACCACAUCAUCACCUCCUCAACCACCGGCCAACGGGAGUUUCAGGUCAGGACUGCAUAUUUGUUCAUUGUUGAAAAGCUGAUAAUUUUUUUGUAUUCUUUUUAUAUAAAUAAAAAAGAAUUAAAUAUUAAACUAGGCAAAACUUUUUAAAUAUAUUUUUUAUAU